AUGGUCAUAAAUGAUUGUGAAUUUUCAGAAUUUUUACUUCGUGUUGGUGAUAGGAAUGAAGAUGUUAUUAUGGAUGAUCUGGUAAAACUACCUGAAUGCAUGGUGAUACCAUGGGAGAGUGAGCAUUCCAUUAAUCAAUUAAUUGUCAAAAUCUUCCCUGACUUAGAGGAUCAUAUAAAUGAUGCAACCUACAUGGUGGAAAGGGCAGUGGUAACUCCUACAAAUGAAGACGUUGAUAUGUUGAAUGAAAAGAUAAUCAAUAUGUUUCCGGGUUUAGAAGAGACAAUGUAUUCAUUUGAUUCAGUUGAGGAUGACGCAAGGAAUUUGUAUCAGCCAGAGUUCUUGAAUUCAAUUUCACUUGGUGGUUUGCCUCCGCACAAGUUAACUCUGAAAAGAGGUGCUCCAAUCAUGCUUUUAAGAAAUAUUGAUCCGCAAUUGGGAUUGUGUAAUGGUACAAGAUUAUUAUGUCGUGGUUCUUACCGAAAUCUUAUUGAUGCUGAAAUUCUAACUGGACAAUUUGCCGGAUCCAGAGUUUUCUUACCAAGAAUCCCUCUCAAAAGUACUGAUACUGCUGAGCUUCCAUUUGAACUUACAAGAAAGCAAUUUCCAGUGAAACUAAGUUUCUCUAUCACUAUAAACAAAUCUCAAGGAUUUAUAUUUUGA